CCGGAGUUACGCAUAGGCUCCGCCCCAUUCUCCGGCGCAGUCGCGGCCAUGGCGGUGGAGGCGAGGCUGCCGUAGCGGUUCCCUGUAGCGUCCCGCCGUGGUUUCUCAGCCACGUGGCUCUCGGUGGCCGGCUCGGGAUGUCGGAAGGCGGCUCGGCAGGGGAGCCGGGCCCCGCCGGAGGGGGCCGGCCCUCCUUGGCCGGGGCCCGGGGGCUUAUCGGGCGGCGGCCCGCGGCCCCCCUCACCCCGGGCCGCCUCCCUUCUAUUCGUUCCAGAGACCUCACCCUCGGGGGCGUCAAGAAGAAAACCUUCACUCCUAACAUCAUUAGCCGGAAGAUCAAGGAAGAGCCAAAAGAAGAAAUAUCAGUCAAGAAAGAAAAACGAGAGAGGGACCGAGACCGGCAACGAGAUGGGCAUGGUCGGGGGAGGGGUCGUCCAGAAGUGAUCCAGUCUCACUCCAUCUUUGAACAGGGUCCUGCAGAAAUGAUGAAAAAGAAAGGCAGCUGGGAUAAGACCGUGGAUGUGUCAGACUUUGGCCCAUCUCAUAUCAUCAACAUUAAAAAGGAGAAGAGGGAAACAGAUGAAGAAACAAAACAGAUUCUCCGAAUGCUAGAGAAGGAUGAUUUUAUAGAUGACCCAGGGCUCAAGAAUGACACCCGUAAUAAACCCGUGCAGCUUCCUCUGGCCCACUCAGGAUGGCUUUUUAAAGAAGAGAAUGAGGAACCUGAUGUGAAGCCCUGGCUAGGGAAGGAAGAGAGCAUGGAAGUGGAUGUGCCAGCACUGAAAGUGAAAGAGGAACCCCAAGAUGAGGAAGAGACCAAAGCAACUGCCCCCUCCAGGCCUGCCCGGGUGGCGCCUGGACUUCCUCAAGAUGUGUCUGUGGCAGACCUACUCAGGGAGCUGAGCUUUGCCAAGGAGGAAGAGCUUUUGUUCUUGCAGCUUCCUGACACGCUUCCUGGUCAACCUCCCACCCAGGACAUCAAACCCAUUAAGACAGAGGUUCAAGGAGAAGAUGGGCAAAUGGUGCUUGUGAAGCCAGAGAAAGACCGGGAAGCUAAACUGGCAGAGAACCUAUGUACACUGAGUGACUUGACAGAGGGUCAAGUGGGAAAACUGCUUAUCCGAAAAUCGGGAAAGGUGCAACUGCUUCUGGGCAAAGUUACUCUGGAUGUAACAGUGGGUACUUCCUGCUCCUUUUUGCAGGAGCUGGUGUCUGUGGGCAUUGGAGAUAGCAGAACAGGUGAUCUGACAGUGCUGGGCCAUGUGAAACACAAGCUCGUGUGUUCCCCUGAUUUCGAAUCCCUCUUGGAUCACAAACAGCGGUAAAGCCAGCCAACUGAGAAUGAAAAGAGUGCCAUUUUCUCUUUGCCUAGGAUUUUCAUUCCUGAAUUCCUUUGGAACCUAGAAGACCAUUCAAACCUCCAACUCCUGUCUCUGAUAAAUAUCAUGGCUGGUUAUCCAGAGAUUGCAGGGAUUCAAGGACUUCUUCCCAAGUGGUGAUGAAUGGCUUGAUAGCCUUUGGAGAAAAUGGAAAUAAUAUGCACAUGCCUGCUGCUGUAUUUAUGGGCUUGUGCCCAAUAUAUUUAUACUGUAUAUUUAUGUUCUCCCCCUUUUGCUACUGACUGUAUCCAUAUGUGCUGAAGGGCAGUUGAAACCCAAAUGGAGUCAUGGAAAAUAAGACUAUUUCUUUUGAUUUUCCUCUUUUGAAUCUCCCGGAGGGAAGUAUAAGUGUUUCCUGUUCUUCGACCUCCAAUUCCUCCCCUAGUCCUCCUUUGUCAGAUGUUUCUCAGAGGAAUAGGCUCCAGCUUUACUCCUCUGGAGCAGAAAACACAGGAAAAUCUACCAUUUUAAAGGUCCUGAUGUACAAAUUGUGUAGGACACCUUUUUCCCAUGGACUCUUAAGCCAACAUUUGCUAAACUGUAGGCUCUUUUGGAAGGCAUGAAUAGAGAAACUUCUGUCAAUGCACUGUUUGUUCAUCUUCAUGUGCUCUUGAAUGAUUUGGGGGGCCUAUCCCAUGCCUAACCGCUGUAGUACUUUUUCUCUGCCAGAGUAGCCAGAUUCUCCUCAGAAGGGGAUAAUUGUGGUGGCCCUGAGGUAUUAUCACCACCCUAGUCAAAGGCUAACAUAAGCCUGGAUAAGAAAAAAGCGAUGGACCAUUAUAGUGGGAGGCUCACCCUGAUGUAAUAUAUUAUUCCAAAAGCCUUGAGCUGGAGAGACUCUCUUUCUAUUCCCCUCUCUCCCACCACCAUAAAACAUACCUACUCUUCUUGGAUCACAGUCACAGCCAGGCUUUCCUUGUUUGGCUCUUAUGUUCGGAGGCCCAUGGUAUUACUGCCUUCAUUAUACAGGUUGUCCUGGAUCACUGGGCGUUUGGUCCCUCCAAGGGAUAGCCCUUUGGGGAGAAGCUGGCCUCUCCUUUCCCUUCUUAGUAGAAUCUGUCAGUUGUACUGAGUUUCUUCCAACAUCAGCUACAAACAAUGAUAACCCAGUGUCAUCAGGCACACUACAUGCCUCAGGAAGUAGGAAAUAUAAGACUUUCAGAUAUUCUUCUUAAAGUUGUUCCUGAAGCAUUGCAUUGUUCAAGGAACGUGUAGUGAGGCAGUUCUGGAUUGAUAGAGGGAAAAAAAUCUAGUCUAAAACUCUGUUCUCUAGCCAUAUGAUCUCCAAAGGCACAAUUAUAGCUGGCACAAAUAUAUCUGAGGUACAAAGCAGGGUCUGGCACUGCAUCUGUAGGCUGUUACUAAUGGCCCUUUCCAUAGAAGUGAUGUUAGAGCUUAGUGUAUAACUUUUUAGGAGAAGAGAGUUCCAUUGAUACUAAGAAACUUGUGCCCCAGAAGCCCUUUGUCCUGAGCCUACUAAGCUGCUGGUUGAAUAGGAAUGAGGUCACAGUAGGGUGUGAUUUCAUAAAGAUGAUCCUUUCUCUGCUUCUAAGUGGCCCUGGUGAGGAAAUUGAUUUCAUAUUACAAAUGCUUACCUUUAUUCUCUUAUACUACUACAUCAGUCAUAGUUGAGGCUUUCCUUGGUCCUAUCAUCCAUGAACCUCCUCUUGGUCAGUAAAUGGUUACAAAGGUUAGUAGACCAUUUGGGUAUUGUUCUGUCCAUUUGCUCCCAUCACUAGCAAGUUCAUGCAUCUCUGCUUUAUUAUAGGAAAAACAGUCUAGAAAACUAAAGUUUGGUUAGAAAACUAGCCUUGGAGACAGGAGGUCCUAGGUUCAGGUCCUUCUUUUGGCAGUUAAUGGCUAUGUGAUCAUAGGUAAGUCAUAACCUCUCCUCAGAAUUAAGUUGCAGAACAGUUGCUGUUCUAUGUAGAGGAAGAUUUAUCUUUGUAUAGUCUCUAUACAGUGAAAUCAAAGACUGGGACCAGUUAGGUGACUGGGGAGAGGCUUCCUUGGAAGUUCAUUGUCAGUUUGGACAAGAUUUCCAUAAGUUGAGUGGGAAACUCGGCAGACAAGAAUUGCUGGUAAGCCUGACUUAUCCUGAUUCUCUGAAUCACAAUUAUUGCUCCUUUUUUCAAGCAGUUGGUGGCCCAGUGGGCAGAGCUGGAAUCAGGAAGACCUGAGCUCAAAACCAAUCUCACUUAUCAUCCAAGUGACCUUGCACAAGAUAUUGAUCCUCUUUCAACCUCAGUUUCCUUCUCUGUAAAAUGGGGAUAAUUACAGCAUCUACCUCCCAGGGUUGUUAAGAGGAUAAAAUGAGAUAAUAUAAGUACUGCAUAAAUGCUAGCUGUUAUCAGCUGCUCUUUGAGAAUUGUUGAUGACUUUUUGUGCCAAAGGUUUUCCAUGAUAAACUCAGUGAUCUCUUUUUGAUGAAGAAUAAGAACAUUUUAAACCCAAAUUCAAAGGUGUUAAGUACCACCAGAAUUUGCCAUCACUGGUCCUGACCCUUUAAAACUCCUGAGUGGGAAUGUGAGAGUUUUAUCUUUUGUCAAAUGGCUCAGCAUGUCUCCCUUCGGUGUGUCUUAAAGUUUUGAGUCACGAUAAAUCAAUCUUCCUUCAUCAGUGUCUUCUUUACUUUUCUCUAUUCUCCUGAGCCACAAAUUAGAUGUCAUCAAGGGUAAAGAAGAGGGAAAGCAAGAUUGCCUUCCAGUCUGAGCAUCUGGAUCACAUAGCUUGACUCACUUGCUUUCAUGCAUUUAAUGGAAUAAAAGUCUGUAUGGAUUUAACUGCAGCUUUGUAUAUAUAGUUUAUAAAAACAUUACAAGUUCAAGUACAAAGGGAAGGACAUUUGUAAAGUGAAGUGAACACAGCCAAGAUUUUUAUUUGAAAACUACACAAAAACAGAUUGCCACAUCUACUUUGUAACCAGAUCUUUAUCCACAAAACUAUGAAGAGUCAGUGUAUACUGGAUGGAUAAUAUGAGGAAAGUUUAAUAGCAAACACAGAUAGAAAAUCCUAGAGAUCAUAAGGAAAGGGGUCAUUUAGCUUUUCUAUGGGGAGCAUAUCCAGGAAGAGAUCUCUGUGAAGCAAGAUCUUUUGUAAAUAUUAUUUCAUUUAACACAUAUCAAAGUAUCCACCUGCACACAAGUAUAUAGCAAAUAUCAGUAAUAGAGCACAUAAAAUAAAUGGGGAAAGGUACCAAAGGUGAACCCUAACCCUAACCUCUGUGCUAUAGGCCAGAGGUGGUACAAUAGAACUAGAUUAAAAUAUAACAAAUUGUUCCCAAAAUAAAGAUAUAAUAAGACAUGGAUAAAAUUACCUUUUAACACUAAAUGUGGCCUACAGAGCUUCUUAUGUAGGAAUUAGUGGCCUGCUUUGUAUUUGAGUUUAACACCACUGCUAUAGGAAACAGCAUGGUGUAAUGGAGAGAACGUUAAUUGUUCUUGGCAUCCUGAGUACAGAACACGAGCUCCUGUUCUGCCACUUUAUAGAAUGAGGAAGUCAGAACCUGAAACUUGGUUUCCUCAUCCAUGGAAUAGGAAUAAUAAUCACAUACCUGUGAGAAUUGAGAGUCCUUUAGAGGCUGUUGAGUCCAGCCCAUAUAAUGAGUUCUGAUCUCUGGUAAUUUUGAGCAUCCAGCCUUCUGUUGAACUCAAGUGAGAGACAGUAUCUAUUUUCUCCUCAGACAAUCCAUUAAGUACUCAUUGUUUUUCCUUAUGUGAAGCUUACAUUUGCAACUUCUGCCCAUUAGCCCUAUGGUACAUCAUUCCUUGAUGUAAGGCAGUCUGAAAGGGGAAGAUGUUUAGCAGCUAGGAAAACCAGGGAAGGCCUCUUAAAGAAAAUGUGCUUUGACUUUCAAAGAAAGGAACCCAGGAAACCCAAAAGGCACAGAAAAGGGGGUAAAGUGUUCUAGGCAGGGGGGACAAAAACAGAAAAAGAUGUUUUUUGAGGAACUGCAAAUAUAGGUCAGUAUAGCUAGAUCCCUUGAGUACCUGGAGGUAAGGUAUAAUAAGACUGAAAACAGAAAAGAGUCAAUAUUUGAGGAGUUUUAAAUGCCAAGCAAGAUGCUAUUUUUGUUUGUUUUGGAAAUAGGAGUCCAUUAAAGCUCAUUGAGAGAGGAGGGAUAAUGUGAUUGGCUGAAUGUAGUUGAAAAGGGAAGCAAGCAGACUAGUUAGCUAUAACAAUAUAGGAGGGAGCUGAUAAAGGUCUAUAAUAUUUGAGAUUGAAGAAAAAGGGCAUGAGAUAGUGUGAGGAUAGAAAUGACAUGAUUUGGCAAUAGAUCAGAUCUGUGGAGUAAGGAAGAGUGAGAAUUCAAGUACCACACCAAGGUUGUAAACUAGGUGAAUGGGAGGAGGAUGGUAUUCUAAACUGUAAUUUGGAAGUUUCUGGAAAGAAGAGGAACGCCCACAGGGUGUUCAUUUCAAAGUGGAGAUGGGAUGACUAGCUCAGCUGAGAGAAGAGGGCUGAAUAUAUAGAUCAGGGAAUCAUUUACAUAGAGAGCAUAAUUUAAUUCAUUGAAUUUUUUAAAAAUGUUAAUCUAAUAUUUUCUCAGUUACAUUUAAAACAAUUUUUUAACAUUUGCUUUUGAAAACUUUUUGAAAACUCCAGAUUCUCUCCCUUAUUCCCACCCCAACUCCCAUUAAUAAACUACUUGUGAAGUUAUGUAAAACAUAAAAGUCAUGUUGUGAAA